UUAUUCUAGCACCGUCACUACUAGGAACCGUAAUGUGCAUUAUCAUAUGAUGCUAUGAAGGAAAUGUGGGUUUAAAUUAUAGGUGUUACAAGCAACGUGGGGUCAAAGGCUAAUGUGUCCCUCGGUAUUUGUAUGCAGCUCCACAGAGACCUGCUGUUCAUAUUCCUGUUGUUCUCAGUGGCUAGUUGAAACUGCUGCGCUGCCUGAAGGCCGCGAACGCUCUUGCACCCUCAUUGCACCCACGGCCCACGGCUCCUCCCACCGUAUUAAAGCCUCGUCCGGAUGGUGGCUGCUUUUAGUCGGCGGUAGGAGGUGCUCGAGGUGCUGAGUAGCAGCGGCGCGAGCACUCGAGGAGCGCGGAGCGGCAACUGCAGCAGCAGGUACACGCGGCGGUGUCUCUCGCGCUCAGUUUGCGUCUCGUGCCCCUCGCCAUGAAGACAAUUCUGGCUGCUUACUCCGGUGUGCUGCGAGGCACCGGUUCAAGUAUUCUCUCAGCAUUGCAGGACUUGCCCAGUGCCUCCUGGCUCUCCCGCUCCAAGCUGGAGAAACAGUUGCAAGUCAUUUCUGUGCUGCAGUGGAUCCUCACUUUCCUCGUACUUGGUGCAACAUGCACAGUUGCACUCAUCUAUAUGUUCUGCACAGACUGCUGGAUCAUCGCGGCUAUGUACACGGCAUGGUUGAUCUUUGACUGGAACACCCCGAAGGAAGGAGGACGGAGGUCUUCGUGGGUGAGGAACUGGACUGUCUGGACCUACUUCAGAGAUUAUUUCCCUAUCAGACUUGUCAAGACACACAACCUGCUGCCAAACAGGAACUACGUCUUCGGCUAUCACCCCCAUGGAAUUUUCUGCUUUGGAGCAUUUUGCAAUUUCGGGACUGAGGCUACAGGAUUCUCCAAAAAGUUCCCAGGGAUCAAGCCCUCCUUGGCCACCCUAGCCGGAAACUUCCGCAUGCCUGUACUGAGAGACUAUUUGAUGUCUGGAGGUAUUUGCCCUGUCAAUCGCAAUUCAAUUGACUACAUUCUGUCGCACAGUGGAACGGGAAAUGCGGUCAUUAUCGUUGUUGGAGGUUCUGCCGAAUCGCUGGACUGUACACCCGGCAUGAAUGUUGUCACCCUGAAGAACCGCAAGGGAUUUGUGAAGCUGGCUUUACAGAAGGGGGCCGACUUGGUCCCUGUAUACUCCUUUGGGGAGAAUGAAGUGUACAAGCAGGUCAUCUUUGAGGAGGGUUCCCGCUGGAGGAUGGCACAGAGACGGCUCCAGAAGCUCCUGGGCUUUGCCCCAUGCCUUUUCCAUGGGCGUGGCCUUUUCUCUGCAGACUCCUGGGGCUUUGUGCCCUACUGCAAAACUAUUACCACAAUAGUUGGUGAACCCAUCACAGUACCCAAGAUUGAAGAACCCAGUCAAGAGGUACUAGAUCAGUACCAUGCCAUGUAUGUGAGGUCCCUCACAAAGCUCUUUGACAAGUACAAGACACGCUUUGGCCUGAAGGAAAGUGAUAUUCUACUGAUCCAGUGAGAAUGUGGAGGAGUUAAAGAAGCUUUUUGGAUCCUCUAGAUCAAAACCCUCCAAGUGCCUGACUCUCAGUAUUGAAGCUGUGACUCAGCUGGAAUUGAUACAUGGCACAUGAGUGCGCUAAUCCACACUUGCAGCAUGUUCCAAAAUGUGCAGUAUGUGCCUCCCUACCUGGUAAACUAAGAAAGGCCAUGUUUUAGUAAUCUUAAGAGAAAAGACUCUGAUCCUAUGAACUGCUUAUUCUGUAAAUGCAUCUGGCCUUGUAAUUUAUCUAGAUUUUUUUUGUGCUUAUCCAUGUCAUGGUUGUAGACUGCUGUAGCAACAGUUACUAUGUAUGUACAUACUAACCAUGGAAGAAGUAAACUGCUGUACAUCAUACCUGCCAACAGGGACUGCUAUAAGGCAGAUUUUUACCAUCAUACUGCCUCUAAUGCAAAGAUUAGCAGCUGUUAUAGAAAGUAGAGAGCCUACAGAGCAUCAAGGAAAGAGUUCUUUUUGGUUUUCUACUUUGGUGUUUUACAUACCUGCAUUAUAGCCUUUAAUUAUGUAUGAAGAAAAGUAUGUAAAACAUGUUAGUUUAGUCUUAAAGUGGCUUUUUGUGCACCUUCAAUGUGAUGAUUUCAGGUAAAACUAACAGUUUAUCUCCAGGACAUCCUAUCAUCUUUACUUAUAUGCAAGUAGGGGACCCUAAAAAAUGUUUAAAUGCACACACAAUGCAAUUUCAGAGGUUUAUUCUCACAAAGUGGUAUCACUUGUAUGUUUGGGGGGGG